GGAUUUGGGUCACUUCGCAAGUGCGCAGUAGCUCAGGCACCUGUGCGCUCUUUCGUGGCUUUGCUCUUCAACACGACAGUGCCUCACUCAGCAUCGCGCAUGACUUGGCGCCCCCGAGCUUCAGGCUGCUCAUCCUUCCUUCUCAUACGCUGCCUAACACCCCUUCUAGGCUUUUCGGAACGGACUGAAGCUCGAAACCUGGCGCGACCAGUAUUUCUAAGAUGUAUUCUCGUAGACCGUGGCAACAUUGCCCUUCUUGUUACACCUGAACUGCAAGUCUUUGGUUCCUUCACCAUCGACUCAAAGAGUUGGAUCCUGGUAGCAGCACGCAGCGGGAUGUACACGAGCGGACGUUGUGAGGUUUAGCGCGGUACCUUGAAGUAAUUCUGUGAAUUCUCAGCCAGCAGUCGACCGAGAGUGAAUAUACGUGCGCACCCGAGUCCCAGCUCCACAAUACGCUUCCGACCGACAACACUUCCCACCUAAUUGGUGUUCCCAGGCCCCGAGCCCGGUUGCCUGGCGAACUCUGCGAGACGCUUCAAAGCGGGGUGUGGUAAUUUGAAUGCUGCAGCUCGGGCAGCGUUGUUCGGAGAGUUGCCGGAGUGGUACUAUGCAAAGUGCGAGACAUAUCUGAGGAUGUGUUCUACAGUAACUUUCUCAAGAAUGAGAUGUGAGGCAAAUACCGACUAAUGAUGGGCGUCGAGGGGCAGAGGCCGGUGUCCCGGCGCGUCGGUACUAAAAGCGCC